AGUGCACCAUUGCGAUCUCUUUGUGGUUCUGAGUGCAAGCCUCGGAUCUUGUGAAUUCCACUGGACGGCAUUUACAUGAGUCUGAAUUCAUUCGAAGGGAUUGCAGAUAGUAUGACAACAAGGUGCAAAAGAACAGAAGAAUCCAGAAGAUCCUACAGCUGACGCAGCAGUAUGAUCCGCAUUCCUUUGGAGAAAGUCAGAUGAUCCUAUCUCAGGUUUCUCCCCUGCAACUGGCCAAUGCUUGGCAAAAGAAGUAUGUUGGCGCGAUGAUGCUCACCUACGUGUUCACCUGCUGCGCUGGCACGUUGAUCCUCAUGUUGGCGGGCAAGAUAGCUGCCAGAAGCGAAAGGAUCGAAAGGAUACCUCUCCUGGAAGACGGCGUCAAGGACGACACAUCGCAGCCGCAGCCGUUGCCGCAAGAGGCUGGCGUCAGGGCGUCCGUGGGCCCUGUGCCGACGCCAGAGACCGUGGGGUUGGCCACCCACGACUUGGUGUUGCACGUGGACGGUUCCGAGCCUACUAAGCAUCCGGAGCCUAAGAAGGGAAAGAAGAAAAUCGUCAAGAAGAAAAAGGCCCCGCCUUCGAAGUCUUCGAGGUCGAAGCAGCUGCCAGACACUCCAGCACCCAAACAGUCUGCAGUGGCAGCGCAAGAGGAUGCUACCUUUUCGCAGCACGCACGAGGCAGCUUGUUCUCAAGCUCUGACGAUGCUGACAGUCACGAACCCGAGCAGUCUGCAGUGGCAGCGCAGCAAGAGGGUGCCACCUCUGCACAGCGCGUACGGGGCAGCUUGUUCUCAAGCUCUGACGAUGCUGACAGUCACGAACCCGUGCAGUCUGCCGUGGUAGCGCAGCAAGAGGGUGCCACCUCUGCACAGCGCGUACGGGACACCUUGUUCUCAGCCUCCUCUGCUGGUGACAGUCGAACACGUGAGCUGCACGCAGUGACACCAGAGCAAGAGGGCGCUGAUCCUGCAGAGCCGAUCGCCCAGUCUGCCCAGUCAGCGCGGUUGCGGAAGGUCCCGUGGUGGGUGACGUACCGCAAGUGGUGGGUGAUCGCGGCGUUUUCCUGCACCUACCUGCUGUGCCUGGCUGCUGCCCUGGGAAGUAUGGCGACGGGGCAGCUGAGCAAAGAGCGCGGACUCGCCUGGGAGUUCUACACUGGGCUCUUUGCUUGUGGAUGUUUUUGGAUGCUGGUGCAGGCCGUGCUGGCUGCUGCGUGGCUUCCAAGUGGCAAGAGAUAUGCAGCGACGGCUUUUGUUGAGGCUACAAUUGGUGGCGUAUGCCCAUUCCUGUCAGAUGCAUUUGACACCAUGAAGGACAUCCUUUUCGGUGCCCUAUGCUUCAUGGCCGACAACCCGGUGGUGAACGCGCUGGGGGUAGUCACGUUGCUGUGGCUUGUGGUGUUCCAUAUCAUUCUCCUAAGGGACAAAAACUGCCAGCUGGAGUUUGCAGCGAACCACCUCGCGGUGUUAGCGAUGCCAAUACUCGACGCGGCGACCUCUUCCAAAGCACCGGAGAAAACUGAUGACGCUGAUGAAGCUCGUGACGCUGAUGAAGGAAACAAGGAUUGUUGCAUUACCUGCAAGCAAUGGUGCAUCAACAAAGCGAGCUUGGCGUGGUCAGAGGCUUUGCCAGUGAUUUACAAGCAAUUCACGCCCACCAAGAGAAAGAUGUUGGUGUCGGAGAACUUACCCCAAGCGGUCAUUGCGAUUGUGUACCUCGUUUUGGUUGGGGACAGCCCAGUGGUGGCCAUUUUGAACCUGGCGAUCCCGGUGUUGCAAGUCACCCUGGCGUGGGUGCUCUUCAAACCCGUGCAGCGCCGCAUUGCUCCGAAGUUGGCCGGACGCAUCGACGCCGCGCUCGAGGCCUCGGACCUUCAGCAGCUGCAGCGGCUGCGGGAGGAGGCGCAGUUGGAUCAGGAUGUUGAGCUCUUCCGCCAUAUUUGUCUCCAAAGUACCUGGCUGGUAGAUUUUGUUAAGGACGACCAAGGGACCAAGAGACGUGAGUCCAGGUCCAGCUCCUCGGUGCAGGAACGGUUGAAAGCCUCCUUGCGGGUUUGCUCCCAUUGCUUGGACUCUCUCCCCAGUGAAGUGUUGGAUGUCUCGGCAGAACUGAAGGGCAAUGAGAAGGCCUUCAAGGGCGUGUUGGCGAUCGUAUGCCGUGACCUGGAGGCUAUGCAAACCCUCAAGAUGAACAACAACGACAUUCCAACUUCGUGGGCAAAGGAGCUGGCAGUGGGUCUCUCCAAGAACCAUUUCUUGGUGCACCUGGACUUGUCCGGAAACCCUUUUGACGUGGAGGGCAUGAAGGCCUUGGCCCGAGGCUUGAAAGAGAAGCCGCUGGAAAGUCUAGUACUGACGGGCAACGAUUUGGGUGCAGCCGGUGCCAAGGUGGCGAUGGAGAUUCAGACCCAGACCCUGAAAAUUGCCAACAACAAUCUCAAACGCGAGGGCGCUGAGGCGGUUGCAGCAGGUCUUCAUCACAACCAGACCUUGGUCGAGUUAGACCUAGCUCAAAAUGCCCUUGGAGCUGAAGGUAUGCAGGCCAUAGCAAGUGCUUUCCAGAGAAUCUGCACGAUCCAAGAUGCAAAUUUGGACAAUAAUGAUUUCGCAGACGAAGGAGCUGAGGUGCUCGGCACAACGCUUGUCCACAACGGCAAUUUACGCCGGUUGAGCCUGGCAAGUAAUCGCAUUCAAGAUGCCGGUGCCAAGGCCAUUAGCAAAGGCCUCCAAGAAAACACUGGUUUGGUCAAGUUGGUCCUGGAUGACAACGAGAUCGGUGACCAAGGCGGUGAGGCCUUGGCACAAGCACUCCGGGCCAAUCAAGCGCUCAAAGUCCUCCAUAUCCAGCUGAACAAACUUGGGGACCUGGGCUGCAAGGCCCUGGAUCGGCAAAGUGGAGCCCUAGAAGAGCUGGACAUAGAGGGCAAUGAGGGCGAGGCAUGGCUCGAAGAGGAUGAGACAGACUGCAGCCUGCUGCCAGACAUCACCCUACAGGGGCACACCAAGUGUGUAAACAGCGUGUGCAGGCUGAACGCCACCACGCUGGCCAGUGCCAGUAACGACAGCACCGUCAAAAUCUGGGACUGGCCCAGCGGGAGGUGCCUCCAGACCCUCGAGGGGCACACUGGCUCGGUUUUCGCCCUGUGCCGGCUGAGCGCCACCACGCUGGCCAGUGCCAGUGAGGACCGCACCGUGAAAAUCUGGCACUGGCCCAGCGGCAGGUGCCUCCACACCCUUGAGGGGCACCGCGAGUGGGUAUACAGCGUGUGCCGGCUGAACGCCAUCACGCUGGCCACUGCCAGUCUCGAUCGCACUGUCAAAAUCUGGCACUACUCCUACGACUACGAGGGGUUCCGGUGCGACCAGACCCUGAAGCACACUGACCCGGUAUUCGGGUUGUGCCGGCUGAACGCCACCACGCUGGCCAGUGCCAGUGGGGACCACACCGUCAAAAUCUGGCACUGGCCCAGCGGCAGGUGCCUCCACACCCUUGAGGACUGGGUAUACAGCGUGUGCCGGCUGAACGCCGCCAUGCUGGCCACUGCCAGUGCCGACCACACCGUCAAAAUCUGGCACUCCUACUACGACUACGAGGACGAGGAGGCGUGCUUCCAGUGCUACCAGACCCUGGAGGGGCACACUGGCUCGGUAAUCGGCGUGUGCCAGCUGAACGCCGCCACGCUGGCCAGUGCCAGUAACGACAGCACCGUCAAAAUCUGGGACUGGGCGCCUCCAGACCCUCGAGGGGCACACUGGCUCGGUUUUCGCCCUGUGCCGGCUGAACGCCUCCACGCUGGCCACUGCCAGUUCGGACGCAACCGUCAAGCUCUGGAGCCCAAGGUCGUCUCUGCAGGGCCACUGACAUCCUGGCAGUGCGGGGCCCAGCUUGGUAUCAAGCAGCGGCUUUGGUGCAAUGCCAUUGGCUGCGCAUCCCUUGGAUUCUUCCGGAACGUGCAAGGUGCUCUGAAACGACAAGAUGGGCGAGUGUGGCCAGGAUCUGCCAGGCAACAUCCUGCCGUGGGACCCAUGGGACCGAAGGGUCGGACCGAAGUCACGAAGCCCGCCCUGGCGAUCGCCCCCCAAGGCCACGGCUUCACGUUGGCCCAAGAUCCUUGGUCCCAGCCGCGAAGCCAGCGCCAGCCUCUUAUCUUGGAACUUCACCAGUUCGUGGACCCUGCCACAGUCUGCGACUACACCUUAAGCGAGGGCGAAGGUGGAGUGAAGUCUGGCAGGGCAGAGCAGAAAAAGGUGGCAGUGGGGUGA